UGGCGAAGAGAAGACUGGGGUAUGUUGAAGGAGGGGCGAGGGUCUAACUGCUGUCUUCCGGCACAUUCCAAGUGUGAAAAGUUCGUCUUCUGGCUGUUUGUAUUCAGUUUGUUUUUUUACUCAUUCAAUUGUUUCUAAUAAUGUUUGAAUCAGGGGUGCUUUUGGAUUAACGCGAAAAGUGCCGAAGCGCGCUGUAUGGCGCGUGAAAGAAUGGAGUGUGGAAAUUUUAGGAAAACACCUGAUUGAGAACCUGAAACUAUUUGUGAGCCACCGAAUCGUUAUCUAUCUAAACACUGGAUUUUGGACGUAAUUUUAUACGUAGGAUACAUAAUCGGCUACAAUGAGUGAGGAGAAAACAGACAUGUCUAGGGAAUUGAUGGAGAGUGUGAGAGAUGCUGUCGGUAGGAAGAUCAACCUGUCUCUCAGGAAGAGGGUCAACCUGGAGGGCAAAGGGGAUAGGCUGGAGGAGCGUAUCCUAGCUUUAGCUCCUCAUCGGGUCUACCUUCUGACUUCUCAAGUGCCCUCUAAGGUUGAGCAAUCCUUCAACUAUUUGGACAUUCACAGCAUCAGCAGUCUCAAGCCAGAUCAGCUGGUGGUGAAGCAUGAGCGCGGCCUGGUGUCCCUCAAGCUGCCCAGCACGGAGGACGUGGACGAGAUGGUGGCCCACAUAGGCAGCAUUCUCCAGAUGAUAUGCCCCAGUCUGUCCCCAAGGGAGGCCAUGAAGAAGGUGUCUCUGAAGCCUGAUGACAGGAUGACUGCCCUUCUCUCAAAGUGGGAGGACCAGGUGCCUGUUGACAGCGGACCGUGCGGCGGAUUCUCCCACACAUACUGGUGUAUUUGUGAUCAGUUGGGUCUUCCGUACAGAGAUGACGUGCAGUGGGAUGUAGAUACAAUCUAUGUAACCCAAGACACACAGGAACUGAAUCUGCAAGAUUUUAUUCAUCUACAGCACAGAGAUUUGGUUGCCAUCAUUGCUGUUCUGGAAUUCAACCAGUGGUUCACUAAACUCUCCAUCAAGGAUUACAAACUGUCCACAGACCUUUGCGAGGAAAUCCUCCGGGUUUUGUCCUGCUCAGUGCGUCUAGAGGAGCUGGUCCUGGACAAUGCCAGUCUCAGAGCAGAUUUCGCACAGAAGCUGGCCAAUGCUUUCAGCCAGAACCCCAAAUCCACUCUCCACACCCUCAACCUGGCCAACAACUCGCUGGAGGACAAAGGCAUCGCUGCUCUUAGUGCUCCUCUGGCCAAACAAACACGACUCAAGUAUUUGAAUCUUUCAAGGAACUCACUGUCAUCCAAAGGAGUGAACAUUCUCGCUCAGGCUUUGACUGCCAAUCCUUCCAUGGCUAGUACACUGACGCACCUGGACCUGUCUGGGAAUGCACUCCGAGGGGACGAUCUUGUAAAUCUCUGCAGCUUUCUGGGUCAGCCAAAUAACCUACAAACACUGGACCUGUCUCAUAACGACUGCCCUCUUGACCUAAUAUGCUCUUCGCUGCUUCGGGGAUGUAUCAAGAACCUUUCUGUUCUCAACAUGUCCAAAAGUGUUUUUUCCCAUAGAAGGGGUAAAGACAUUCCGCCCUCUUUUAAGCAGUUCUUCAACAGUGUGGUAGCACUGAGCACCGUCAACCUGUCAGGCACAAAACUACCCCCGGAGGCUCUGAAAGCCCUCCUGCUUGGGAUCGCCAGCAACACCAACCUCAAAGAGGUCUCAGUGGAUCUGAGCAACUGCGAGCUGAGGUCAGCGGGUUCUCAGAUUUUGGAAGGCUGCAUUGCUGAGGUCACCAACAUUUCUAGCCUGGACAUCUCAGAUAACAGCUUUGACACAGACCUGACCACCCUCCUGGUGUGGCUCGCAAAGAACCGCUCCAUAAGACACCUGUCCCUGGGGAAGAAUUUCAACAACAUCAAGUCCAAGAAUUUAGGGCAGGUCCUGAGUAACUUGGUGCACAUGAUUCAGGAGGAAGAAUCGCCUCUAAUAUCCCUUUCUCUGGCCGACGCGAAGCUAAAGGGUGACCUCUCCAUUGUUCUCAAUGCACUGGGCAGUAACACCAGUCUGACCAAACUGGAUAUCAGUGGCAAUGGGAUGGGCGACAUGGGUGCCAAAAUGUUGGCCAAGGCCCUGCAGAUCAACACCAAGCUAAGGACUGUUGUGUGGGACAAGAACAGCGUGAGCCCGCAAGGCCUGCAGGAUGUUGCAGCUGCUCUAGAGAAGAACUACACCAUCCGCUUCAUGCCCAUGCCCAUCAUUGAUGCUGCCCAGGCCCUGAGGGCCAGCCCAGACAAGACAGAGGAUGCCCUUCUGAAGAUGGAGCAGUACCUUCUGAGGAACCACGAGACACGCAAAUAUCUCCAGGAACAAGCCUACCGACUGCAGCAAGGCAUUGUCACGACAACCACUCACCAGAUGAUUGAGAGGAUGUGCGUGAAGGUCCAGGACCACCUGAACUCCCUGAGGUACUCCGAGACAGAAUCCAUCCAGGAGGAUAUGAGGGUGGCUGAGAGGCUCCUGAAGGAUGCCAGGAACUCCAAAACGUUACUGCCUAACAUGUACCAUUUGAAGACCUCUCAAAAUGAAGAGAUGGGGGAGGGCCCUUGUGUGGGCCCCAUCCAGGACAAGCUGCAGUCUAUGGCAGGCGAGGUCACCAGCGUCAUGGAAGAACAAUUGCAGAACCUGCUCCAGGACAUGGUAGACACCGCUGAGAGCCUCUGCCCUAAUGUGAUGAUGAAACCCAACCUGAGGCAGGAGCUCAUACGAGCCAGUGCCAAAAAGAUGGCCAUCCCCAAGGGCUUUGUCAGGGCCACCUUACUAGAACAGUCUGCUGUAGACAUCAUCAACAAGAUCAGUGAAGUGAAGCUCAGCAUGGCAUCCUUCCUCUCGGACCACAUCGAAGAUGAUAUCUUAGAAGCUUUGUCCCGUUCCCAGCAAACCCUGUCGGAGCACCUGAACAGGAAAAUCCAUCCCCUGCUGCACCACGACUCCCAGGAGACGGAGGUGCUGGAGGAGUCUGUGCUGCAGCCAGAGAGCCACAGCUCUGAGACCAGGGAGAUGAUGGAGGACCGGGAAUCCUGCUUGCUGACACCCAGGUCUAAGAGGAUGAGUAUUCUUUACAGAAUGCUUAGGCCAAUCUCAGUGGCCUUUGAAAUGGAGUUCGACCUAGACAAGGCCCUGGAGGACGUCCCGAUUCACGUGGAGGACCCCCCUUUACCCCCAAUGCCCCCACCCAAGCCAUCUGGGUUCUUCGGGGACCUGCCCGUGGUAGAGAUGACCACCCUCCAGCACAUCACUAAGCUCCGACCCAAGAGGAACAAGAUGACCAGGCCCAGCAGAGCCCCAGCGACAGCAAGCAGCAUCCCAGCCAAGGAGGCUGAACAGAACGGAGCUGUGGUGAAGGUGGACGAGGGGAUGGAGGAUUUCUUCACCAAGAAGGUCACCAAGAUCAGUUUCAGACGUCUCACACAGAAGGGAAGCCCGUCUCAUGAUGUCGAUAGGAAGCGUGAGUCCCGCAUGAGUGGCCUCCUCAACCGCAUCAAGCCACGUUCCUUCAAGUCGGAGAAGAGCCACGCAGCUCCGCCACCACCCACCACCCCCAGCACACCCCUGUGCCCACUCCAGCACCCACUCCACCACCCACCACCCCCCAGCACACCCCUGUGCCCACUCCAGCACCCACUCCAGCCUCCACACCCCAGCCCCCUGCUCCUAAACCUGACCCUGAGGAACCCAGACCCCAGAGUCCUCCGUUGA